AUGCUCGGUGAGUUGGAAGAACUCGAAAGGGAAAUAGACUGCGACCUUGAGAAGAUAGCGAAAGGGCUGCAGGAACGAUAUGUUGAGUUUCAACCACUACUGAAAGUUGCCGAAGAAGAUCUUGUCAUGAAAUUGGAAGAUUUGUCAAACAACGUCAAUGAAAAGCUACAUCUCGCGGACAGUUUUCUACGCGAAAACAGUAUGGAUUCGUCUGGAGAACAGAAAUCGCGGCUUACUUUGACCGCACAAGACCGUGCCCUCCGCAAAAAGCUAGCGGACUUAUCGGAAUGCCGUCAACUGCUCGAUAAAUUUCAAAACAUCGAGGCACUUCUAAUUGCGUGUCGUUCUAAUUCACUCAGUAAAAUCCAUGAAGCCACUAAUCUGCUCGAAUGCGAGUCGCUUCUCAACGAAAUAACACAGGACGACGGAUGGCCCAUUUUAACUGGUCGUUGUCGCGAUAUGCUUCGCGAUGAAAUUUCGUUUAUGAUGAAGUCGCUUGUGUAUACAUUAACGUGCAGCUUUGAUGAAUUUGUUUCCUAUCCUUCGACCGAGGUGAAGGGUACUGUUCAUAUGCAUAUUCGGAACAGUGAUUCGAAAGAAACCUCUGAGGUUCUCGCUGCACUGAGUCUUGUGGGUGAACUCGACAGACGAAUGAAGAAAUGGGCUUCGUACAUUGUGAAGAACUUUGUCCAACCUAUUAUCGAUAGUGAGAAUGGUGUGGAUCCAUACGAACGAUUCUCUGUUUCGAAUAAUACUGCAAAAUUCACUGCCAGCUCCAAAGUCAGACCAACUGUUCGUGGUAUCUCUUUGGAGGGAAUUGUUGGUGGAUUGAAACGUUUCUUCACCCAUCUGGCAUCGGCUAUUGAUGGAAUCGUGCUUAACAAUCGACCAUUGUCUUUGUGUCUCGGAGGAUUCUUACAAGAAGAUCUCAUGACAAUUUUCUUGAAGCAGUGCGUCGCCGCCUCGAUACCAGUACCAGAUUCAGAUGGAUCAAAACUGAAACAUGCCAUGGAAAUCGCCGAACAAUUCAGAAAAGAUAUGAUAGAGUUAGGCUUUUUCAACGAUGCUACACCAACAUUCCACGCAGUUUCCGAGCAGCAUUUCACAGUAUUCAUCGAUCGAAGAUGUUUGGAGGUAAUCAAAAGAGCGAAGGAGUUGAUUUGUAUGCCGUAUUUGGAAUUGGCUGAGGUGGGGACUGGUGAAGAGGUCAGUGAAGAGACCAUCCUCCAGUACAAGGAAGCGUUUGGAAAAACAAUACCUAAAUCAGUUACCUCAUGUGACAGCGUAUAUCCAUUACUACUGCAACUACCUCGUUGUAAAGUUAGUCAAUCUACGGUGGAUUUGAUGGAACUUGUUUUCUGUACAUUAAAUGAUGCCGUCGCUACUGAUAAUGAGAAACUGGGUGCCCGUCUCACGCUGACUGCCCGCAAUGUGGUUCAGCUGUUUGAGUUGACAGCACCCCGACAUCAUGGAACAGCGAUUUCAUCGAUGCCACAGAUGGCUGCAAUAUUCUACAAUAACUGUUAUUACAUUUGUCAUCGACUUAUGUUGCUACCAUUCAGCGUUCUAAAAGGAGUCAACAAGCAGUCUGAAAAGUACGCAAAUGUCCGCCUGAUUUUGACAGAUUCGCUCUGGAAGCUGCGCGAGUUGGGGGCCGACAUGUUGGAGCAGACGAUUCGGCAAUGUCGACGUGACAUCAGUGUCAUGUUGGUGAAAGAUGAUCUGUUUGUGAAGAUAGAUGAUCUCGAACGUUGCGAUGAGACGAAGGAUGUGCUCAAUGCGUGCCUUAAACAUGUGCAGACCAUUUCUCGUCGUCUCAAGGAAGUUUUGGCUGAGAUGGUGUACUCGCAAACGAUGGCAAACAUUGUUUCAUUUCUUUUGGACAGUAUUUGUGAUGUGAUCCUACGUAUGGAGGAUAUACGGUCGGUGGACGCAGACAUCUCAGCCGAUAUGGUUGACAACCUGUUGACAGAGUUGGCCCCUAUUUUCGCGGUAAACGGCCGCUCAGCUAUUCAUGAGAUCUGUUCCACGUCGUACUUCCGAAUGAAGGAGAUCAUCUUCUGCUUGAAAGGAAGUCUUCAGGUGGGGAUAUCGCGCUUGUAUGAGGCGUCAACACAGCUGCCUUUAUGGCAGAAUGAAAUCAAAUCGCUUAAUUGCAAAUUUGUUAUAUCUUUGUAUUUGAAAAAAUUAUUUCAGAGCAUCGAUGACCGUUGGUGCAGCGCCAAGGGCCCAUUAGCCCAAUGGCUUCAACCUGGAGAAGUCCGAUCACUUAUUAAAGCCUUAUUCAUGAAUACAGAACAACGACGUCAAUUAUUGGAUUCGAUCUUUUGA